AGAAGUUCCAACCAAUCACAGCCCUCGGUUUGAUAGAAAUUUAUUUACAAGGAGCACGGUAGCAAAGAUCAUUAUUUUGCGUUCGCAUCACUCCCCGUUACACUGCUGUAUUUCGAUCUAUUUCUUCAUUCAAAAUUUCAUAAAAUGUCAGACGAUCAGCUUCAGGCCAAGUUCGAGUCCUUCUGCGCCUUUGGAGCAGGAGCGAAGGGCGCUCAGCCUUUGAUGGAUAAUGCCAAAUUCGGAAAGAUGUUUAGAGAUCUUCAUCUUUACGACCAAAAGUUUACUUCCACCGACACCGAUAUUAUUUUCAGCAGAACUGAAGUCAAGCCGAAAACCGAGCGAAAAAUCAACUUCAACCAGUUCAAGGUCGCACUAGGUUUGUGCGCUGAAAAGAAAUUUGGCAGCAAAGACCAAGUUGGAAAGUUGACUGAAAAGAUUUGCAAAGGCAAGGGACCUGCUACAAGCGGAGCUACGAAAGCUGUAAAGGUUGGUGGGGUUGAACGUCUCACCGAUACCAAAUGUUAUACCGGCUCCCACAAGGAGAGGUUUGAUAAGAGCGGCAAAGGCAAGGGAAUUGAAGGGCGUGUAGACCGGGACGACAAGGCUGCUCAAGGUUACGUAGGCAACUACAAAGGAGAAGGCACCUAUGACAAAACUCACUAAGCUGAUUUUCAGGGUAAUAUCGAGGUAUCAUUUUCCAAGGCCAAAAACAUUAUCCUUGAUCCCCAAAUUGAGAGAAAGCAUUAUCCAAUAUCCAUGAUCCCAGAAAAUUUUCAUGAUCCCAAUACUUUAGAUUGAUCCCAAUCUCAUCCCUGAACUCAUAUACCUCGUUACUACCCUGGGAUUCUAACCCUUGUGGGUGUGGCACUGACUUGUGUUAAGGGGGGCAGCGUAUAGUUAUGAACACAUAUAGGAGUAUAGUGUGAAUGCUAAAAAAAUACAAAGUAAAUUGUAACAUUUUCUUGCCCCGCUCGUAAGCACAUAUCUGAGUGAUCUGUUCUUUCAAACGCCAGUUUUUGUUACAUUACUAUUCCUAAAACUUGUAAUGUUUCUUUUUUAAUUACAUAUUUUGCUUUAUAAAUCUGAUAUUUUACCUGUUACUGUUGGAAGAUAUGGGUGAAAAUACUGUCAGUAUGUCUGGUUGUUAUACUCACCAUGUCCUCCUCUUGUCAUACAAAUAACAAGUUUUUAAAUAAUUUAUCUAAUAAAAAAAUUCCAUGCAUGAAACCUAAACAUACUUUUUGAUGCAGAGUUUAAAAUAAAACUUUCAAAAUACCAAA